GUCAGCGGUCCAUUAAAAUGGUCUGUAGAAUUUUAAUAUGACAGAAAGUUGAAAUUCGGGUGUUUUCCGUCAAUUUAUUAUUUGUAAACGUUGUUUUUAGUUGUGUGUUUUGGUGUAAUCAUUCAAGUCUAUCGCUGUAAUUUUAAGUAAGCGUGACGUCAUGUGAUAAAUCUAUGGGUAUUUGAUUUGAGGGUGCCAAUCUAAUCAUCACGUGUGAUUUAAAUAAUAAAAAAAGUAUUCAUCACUUAAAAAUAAUUCUGUAGAAUCGGAAACACUAAAAUGAGCUUAUCAAUACAAAAAAACAAUUACAACUCUAUCAAGUCGCACGAGCCGUACCUGUUGACGAAUAGUACGAUGCACAUGGCCGAAAGUGCCCGAAUAGUUAACGACCAAAGAGCCGAGCAAAUGACGGAAAACAACAACCAAUCGAACGGCAGCGGAAACCACAGCAAGAUCAAGCAGGUUUGGAGCAAGUACAGUUUCGAACCGAAAUCGCCGUUAGACAACCCGCAAUACGAGAAAAUCAGCUGGGCCAGCAACGCUACUCAACCGGAAAGCAAAGCUAAAGAAGAACCACUUCCGGCGGUGCCAGAAGUAAAACCGGAAGCACCGGCAGAAAUGGCGGAAACUUCCGGUACGGACAAGGAGGACUCUCCUUCGCAUCACGCCAGGAGGCCCAUGAAUGCCUUCUUGAUUUUUUGCAAAAAACACAGGCCCGUGGUGAGGCAGAAGUAUCCGAACUUGGAGAAUCGCGGGGUGACGAAGAUACUGGGAGAAUGGUGGGCACUUUUAGAUGACAAAGACAAGCAGCCAUAUACUUAUCUAGCCAAAGAAUACAAAGAUGCGUUUUUGUCUGCAAAUCCGAAUUUCAAAUGGUACAAACUGCCGGCUCCCCCCUUGAGGACCCUGACGACCAGACCAAUGCAGCAAAGAAUCCCCACCUCCCACUCUAGUCCCCCUCCAGCGACCGCCACCGAAGGCUCCGCUGCCUCCAUCAACACACCCACAAUUACCUCGGAAUUCACCCCCGGAAAAUUGGCGGACGAAUCUCAACUGGGCAGUCUCACUUCGCUCAUGAACAACUUCAAUAAUUCUUCCAAAGAGAGCAACAACAACAAUAAUAACAACAAUAACGACGAGGUGAGUUAUGAGAGCCCUGUAAGUUUGAUACAAGUCACCACGCCGCCAAAGCCGUUCAAAAAACGAAUGGCCGCUGAGGUUAUGAAUUCCGAAGCUUUAAGGCGAAACAUUCUUGAAGAAGAAGAUUUAGAAGACGAUGAAGGCGUAAAUGGCUCCAGAAAGUCCGACAGAUCCUGCAAGGGCAAGCGAUACGAGCAGUUCAUGGUCGAAAAUAAACUGUUGGGGAACAAAAAAGACACCAAACUCACUCAGCAGCAGAAGGUUAAUAAAAAUGAUUCAGAUGGAGGUGAGGUACCCACUCUGGAUCUGAACGACACCAUAAAGAGAUUGGCCAAGCGUACCAACGUGAAAUUAAACGAAGAAGCGCCGAAAGUGGAACCGACUCGCGAGCGAACGGUCUCGGAGACAUCCGAACCGGAGCGGCACACGAACGACUUCAAUCUCGACCAGAGGAUAUCGGAACUUCCGUCCCUGAGCUACGAGGCGUUCGUGAGUCGCAAGCGCGAGAGCAAAAAGCGGAAAAAAAGUUUCAAAUCCGAAAGCGAUUCUCCAUCGAACAAGUCGCAAAAAACACACAACAAAGAGCAACCGAUUGGGUCCAAGAAACGGAAAAACAAGUCGAGCAUCACGCAUCUGAACAGUGGCGUCGAUCAGCCAGAGCCGGCGAAACCUCAAAACGAUUUAUCCGGGCUGGCCACGUUAGCCGAAGUGGCCGCCAUCACCGAAAAAAUGUUAUGAGAAGGAGUCGGCAGGUAAGUCUAAUGCCGUAACUAACGCAAGAGGGCGCACGAGUCUUUUCGUCUUAAAAAGGGGGGAAAGGGAUACCUGGCUCUUGUCUAGGCAUGUUUUUAUUUUCACAGAAAUUUGUUUUAAGGUUGCACAUUUUAUAAUGAUGUUACAUAAUUUUUAGCCAGACAUGGUAUUUUUAUUGGAAGAGUAUUUUUUUAUAAUUUUCCCUUUAGAAAUAUAUA